AUGAAAGCGGUAACCAUCUCCUGUGUUGUACGGAAAGCACGCUUACCUACCAUUUUAUUUGCUGAAAACUGUGAAGUAACCUAUGACCAGCUACGUGAAUUGCUGAAGUAUGCUGUUCUGGGCAAAUCCAUAUUGCCCAGCUGGUGCCGGCUUUCUUACCCCCACCUGAACAGCGUUGUGGUGCUCGUGCUGCAGGUAACGAGUCAGCCACACUCUCAUAGGUUCUACCUGGCGUUUCGAUCUCCCCGAAAGGCAUACAUGUAAAAAUUCCACUUGCCUUCGCCAUCUUCUGAUUUCCUAGCUGAUGUCACUGGACUUCAAAAGAAACAAACAGCUGGGGUUCUGCCCAAGACCGUCGCAGGGUCUUCACCUUCUGCCAGUUCAAACGUCAGCAUCAACCUACAGAGGCCCAUCGUUCAGAAGUACGGCUCUAAGAAAGUGCGCUUGACCCGCCUGCUCACGGAGGAGGAAAUGCAAGCAUUUCACUCUCCGUUACAAGGUUUUCCUGAGUAUGAAAACUUUGUAUCUACCAAAAGUGAUGGUGUUAUAACAGACAAAAGUCCUCUCUUUGGACUUGACUGUGAAGUGUGCCUCACAAUGAGGGGCAGGGAGCUAACACACAUCUCACUGGUUGCUGAAGAAGGUGGCUGUGUUAUGGAUGAACUUGUUAAACCUGAUGGGAAGAUUUUGGACUACCUCACCAGCUGCUCAGAAAUCAUGAAGAAGAUUCUGAACCCGGUAACGACCAAAGUCAAGGAUGUCCAAAGACAAUUAAAAGCACUACUUCCUCCUACUGCUGUGUUAGUGGGCUACUCCUCAGACUUGGAUCUCAAAGCACUAAAGAUGAUACAUCCAUAUGUUAUUGAUACAUCAUUGCUUUAUGUCAGAGAGCAGGGCAGAAGAUUUAAGCUAAAAUUCUUAGCCAAAGCGAUUUGGGGGAAGGAUGUACAGGGUCCUGGUAGGCUUGGUCAUGAUACCACAGAAGAUGCUAAAACAGCCCUUGAAUUGGCUCAGUAUUUUUUUAAGUAUGACCCAAAGAAAAUUGCAGAACUUAAUCUGGAGGCACUGGCCUGUCACCAGAGCCGCAGGCAGCAGGCCUGCGCGGAGCAGGGCAGCAGAGGCCGCUGGGCAGCCAUGCCCAAGCGACUUGUCCAGUGUGACCUCUGCAGCAGUGGGAAUGUGCUGCAUCGGAGCCGUUCAGGAAGUUCUGCACAUCAGCACAGGAGUGUUCUAGAAUGCCCGGAGUCAGUGGGUCCGAAGCGCCUUUUCUUGACCCGGGAGGAAGAUGGUGAACUAACUUCUUCCAGAAGCUGUCAAACUGUUACGUGCCUCUAAAAUGAAGAGGUUCUCCAGUGGGCCAGAGUGGAAAUGCCCCCGUUUCCCUUCAGCACCGUCCGCUUCUCUUUUGAACCCUUUCCACCCACCCUUACUGAGGAGAUGAAUAAAAGGAUGAGGGUCAAGUGGACAGAGAUAUCAUCUGUCUAUGCUGGGCCAUUUAGCAAAAAUUGUAACCUCAGAGCUCUGAAGAGGCUGUUUAAGAGCUUUGGCCCAGUCCGGUCAAUGACUCUCGUGCUUGAAACUCGUCAGCCACAUUCCUGUGCGUACGAAGUCCUGGAGCCCGCCCAGCUGGCCAUCGAGUCCUCGGAGGGCAUUCCGGUAGAUGACACCUGCAUCAAGGUGCAGAGGCCUGUGACAGAGCUCGCCCUUGAGUGUGACACCCUUGCCCUAUACCUGUCUGGAGUGAGCAAAAGCUUCAAAGAACACCUGUUGCAGUAGUCCAACCUCUUUUUUGGCUUGGAAGCUCUUAUCUUGCCUAAAGAUCCUAAAAGUGGAAAGCAGAAAAAACACUGUUUCCUGAGUAAAAUUCAAACCUUCGGCAGCGCCCAGAGGGCCCUCAGCGUUCUCACAGGCAGGGGGAAGCAGAGAGGCAGGCACGCCUGCCCCAGGCACCUCCACACCUGGCUCGGGAGCUUACCUCGGAACCAGGAGGGCCCCGGACUUUGCGGCGGACCUCCCCCUUGGAGCAGCAGGUCCUGCUGGUGA